UUUUCUAGCGGCUGUGGUGUGCGUCCUUGAGUCCAUGAAAAUAAGAAGAAGAAAAGAGACCGUAACCUCUAACCGAAAUUUUCAAAAUAAAUAUGUCGUUCUUUAAUAUUUUCUCUAGAAAUUAUCUUCAUGGGAAUUUAAGACUUUAGAAAUUUCUGUACAGUUAUGGCAGAAAGUAUAGCAAAUUUUACAACAUUCCAAUCUCGGCCUUCCCUUUUCGAAGUUAUAGCACAGCAAACGUUAAAUGAAACCUUAUAUCCAGCUUUCCAACAGACAAUCGAAUUUUUAACUACCGUUUUUCCGAGGCAGUUUCAAUUUGUGUAUAAUCACCAUGAAGGGGCUUUUAUUAUACUGAAUAGUUUUUUACAAUACUAUCAUUUAAAAUAUUACAAUAGUUCAUUUUCGGAAAACUGUUACAAUUUGGAAAGAGUCAUUGGAAAUGGAAACGGCUUAACACAACGCGAACGAGAACUAUCUUUUAUUACGUUGGUAAUAAUACCAUUCAUAAAAAGAAAAAUUGAAGAGAAGUUACAGCAGUAUAGAAUUGAGUAUGCAGAAGGAUGCAUUCAGAAGGACAUCGGAGGGCAAACUAAAAAAGUUCUAAUAUUUUCACAUACAGUUUUUCAAAUUAUAUGGGGCCUUAUGCAUAUCCAUUACUAUCUCCGAUACAUGGCUCUUGACACAAAGUACCAAUUACCAAGUUUACACAUGUUAAAUAUGAAGUUAUGUUACUCUUAUGAGCUUCCGGCACCAAGUUUAUGGGAAAUUUUAUUUUCCAGAAAAUUAGUGCUUUCAGAGUUAAGUUUUGACAUAGUAAGAAGAACUUUAGGAAAUAUAUUUGAAGUUACUGCAUUUUUUAUACAUUUUCUUGAAUCUUGGAAUGCAAAAAUGCCUAAAAAUAAUAUGACAGAUCUACCGAAGGUGCAAGUUCCAUUGUAUGACUCCAGUGGAAAAACAUAUCAAGGAAAAUGUCCAAUAUGCAAACUCAAGUGGAACAAUCCAAGUGUCAUUCCAGUAUCGGGAUACAUUUUUUGCUUUCCUUGUGUUUAUAAGUAUUUGAGUGAAAAUCAAAAAUGUCCAGUAACAAACUUACCUGCCAAGCCAUUAGAUAUUAUAAGACUUUACAAUAGCGAUUAGUGGUUACUAAUAAACUUAAAAAUAUUUAUAUUUUUUAGAUAUUAUUAGAAUAUAUUUUAUAUGUUAUGUAUUGUCACAAAUUCUAUACAAUUAAUAUAAAGGUUUUUAAAAUAGUCA